AUGCCUGAGAUUCAAGGCUCUCCGGGAAGCUCCAUGCAUGGAGUCACUGGCCAUGAGCCGGUCAUGGCCUUCUCUGUGGCGUCUCCCAUGGUACACACCGACCGCACGGCCAAGUUUGACUUGCCCGUUGACUCGGAACACAAGGCAACAGUGUUCAAGCUUUUCUCAUUUGCAAACCCUCACAUGAGAACUUUUCACCUCUCAUGGAUCUCUUUCUUCACUACCUUUGUCUCCACCUUUGCGGCAGCUCCACUUGUCCCCAUUAUCCGGGACAACCUUAAUCUCACCAAAUCAGACAUAGGGAACGCUGGUGUCGCCUCGGUUUCAGGUAGUAUUUUCUCAAGGCUUGUGAUGGGUGCCGUAUGUGAUAUGUUGGGACCACGUUACGGAUGCGCUUUCCUAAUCAUGCUGUCGGCACCCACCGUCUUCUGCAUGUCUUUCGUCAGUGAUGCUAGCGGUUACAUCGCUGUCAGGUUCAUGAUCGGGUUUUCAUUGGCUACAUUCGUGUCGUGCCAGUACUGGAUGAGUACCAUGUUUAACAGCAAGAUUAUUGGGCUGGUGAACGGGACUGCAGCCGGGUGGGGGAACAUGGGUGGCGGAGCCACACAACUCCUGAUGCCGGUGUUGUUUGAGAUCAUCAAAAAGGCCGGCGCAACACCAUUCACGGCAUGGAGGAUUGCCUUUUUCAUACCUGGAUGGCUUCAUGUGAUAAUGGGGAUAUUGGUGUUGACUCUUGGUCAAGAUUUGCCCGAUGGUAACCUUGGUGCCCUUCAAAAGAAGGGUGAUGUUGCAAAAGAUAAAUUUGGCAAGAUAUUGUGGUAUGCUGUGACAAACUACCGGACAUGGGUCUUUGUACUUCUAUAUGGUUACUCCAUGGGUGUUGAGUUAACCAUUGACAACGUCAUUGCGGAAUACUUCUACGAUAGAUUUGACCUAAAGCUUCACCUUGCGGGAAUCAUUGCUGCUUGUUUUGGAAUGGCAAAUCUUCUAGCUCGUCCCUUCGGAGGGUUCACAUCGGAUUACAUGGCCAAAAGGUUUGGAAUGCGAGGCCGGCUUUGGAACUUAUGGCUUCUCCAAACCGCAGGGGGUCUUUGCUGUCUGUUCCUUGGCCUAGUCAACUCCUUGCCUCUAGCCAUCACCUUUAUGAUGCUCUUUUCCAUCGGGGCACAAGCCGCGUGUGGAGCCACAUUCGGUAUCAUCCCUUUCAUUUCCCGGAGAUCACUUGGUAUCAUCUCUGGGAUGACCGGGGCCGGUGGAAACUUCGGGUCAGGACUAACCCAAUUAAUAUUCUUUGCCAACGCGUCAUUCUCAACCGAAAAGGGGUUGACGUAUAUGGGUAUCAUGAUCAUGCUUGUUACGAGUACUGUCGGCUUUGUUCACUUCCCACAAUGGGGAAGCAUGUUUUUCCCGGCCAGUCAAGAUGUGGUCAAAGGCAGUGAAGAGAAUUAUUAUGUUUCCGAGUGGACCGAGGAGGAGAGGCAGAAAGGGAUGCAUCAAGCAAGUCUCAAGUUCGCUGAGAACAGCCGUUCUGAGCGUGGAGGAAAGGUGGCGUCUGCUCCAACGCCACCCCAAACCACCCCCAACCAUGUCUGA